UUUCAAAAUAAUUUAGAUAAUUUAUUCGAUAUAGCACACGCAAAUACUUUGGACUGGAUAAAAAUAGAAGAAGAUAAAAUAUUUUUACAAAAACAAAGAGAACCAGGGCGUCUAGGAUGUUUAGCGGGAGUAGAUAAAAAGUUAGCCGAGAAAGAAAAGAACAAGACAGAAAAUUAAAAGAAGAGAAAAAAAGACAAGAUGUUCCAAAAGUUUAUCGUCAUCUUUAACUACACAAGAUUUUAUAGCAACGCAAGAAAAUCCCAAUCCCAAUACCAGCUCUGACGAAAGCCUGAACGAACCCUUGCCAUCAACAUCUCAAAUGGUAAGUUCUGUAACUACUUCAAAAAGAGGAAGGAAAGAUUUCGUCACUCCUAAGGUAGUUGCCACUUUAGAUAGAUGUCAAUUAAGCAUAAGGGACUCUGUCUAUAUACUUCAGGCUGUAGUAGAAGCCCUAGAUCUCAGCUGUGAUGAGUUCCCGAUAAAUAAAUCGUCAAAGAAAAAUAUUAAAAUAAGACUUUCUGGAGCAAUGCAUCAAGCUAGGUGGAUGGCUAGAACCAUUUACUCCUUGAAAAUAUGUUUGUUGCAAUCUCAAUUCAAAAUUAGCGCCAAGGAUAAAAGAGCCCUUCAAGAUAUUUGUUUAUUCAUUGCAGUUAUAUAUGUAAAACCAUGGAUUGGAUGUAGUCUGACAGUCAAGGCCCCAAAUCAAGCUUUGCGCUUUUUAAAAAGUCUUAAGGAAUAUGAAACUGUUAAUAAAGAGAUCUCCAAAGCUGCCCUGAGCAAGUUUAGUCAACAUCUUUGGUACUUGUCAGAAGAAAUAGCUGUUUUAUCACUCUUUGAUGAUGAAGUAGAUGAACAAACUAAGACAAAUAUUGUAGCGAACUUACAAAGAGAUAGUUUAUAUGAUUCUGUAAAAAGAUACAUUCCAUCGAAAGAAGAUAUGUCUGAUUAUUUGUAUGGUAAGUAGAAAUAUAUAACAUUUAUUUUAGUAUGUUUUUUUUAUUGUUACACAUUGUAAUUUAAUUCGGUUUUGUCGCGUUUAUCAUAUUUUUAUAUUUGGUUGGUCUAGACCUGACCUGACUGAUAAAUGUAAUAAAAAAACCGUAUUAAGUUUAAUUUAAAAAUAAAAUAGUUUUAUAUCUUAUAUCCACCUUAAUAAACUGAUAAUAAUACAUCUUAUAUUUUGUUGCAGGAAAAUCAUGAAAUGAUUUUGUGUCUGUCAAGAGCACAAAUUUAUUUGCUCAUUUAAAUAUGGAUACAGACUUCUUAAAGAAAACCGUUUCUGCAUGGGACGAAGAUGUAACCUAUUUGCAGGCUAAAACAAGAGUUCUUUCUUUAAGGGCCGUGAAUGAUACAGCUAAAAGAGCUGUAAAACUUAUGUCAGAUUUCCAUGGCUUAGUCACUGCAAAAGAAUAUCAAAAACAGUUUUUGCUGCGUACAAAAGUUUUCUGUGUACAAGAGCAUAGAAACCUGUAUCCAGACUGUAAAAAAGAGAUCCUUAAAAGAAAAUAUUUGUGAUGUUCAUUUGAUUAAUAAAUACUAUAUUCUAACUUUUUCUUUGAUUAUUAUUAUUAAACAUUUUAUUUCAUUUUAUUACACAUACACAACGAUAAGCGUUAAAGACAACGAUUUUUAAAAUAUUCAAGGCUCUGUCGGCACGGGUUAAUGUUGACAUAUAAAGAUAAAAUUUUGUAUUUGAUUAAGUUUAGGUAAUUUAAAAAGAAUUAAGGGGUAUGCAUUUCGAUAUCUGAAAAAAAAAAUUUUUCACCCA